GCUAAGUGAACGUUUGCGCGGGAAUGAACAAAGUUGUAACGGGAAGUGGGAACAAUCCCCCGCCGGAUUAUUUGAACAUUUGGCGGGAAGCUUAAUGUCCGCACUCCCCCUGCUUUUCCCCCUCCCGAUCCCGAUCUCGAUCCCGACCCCGAUCCCAUUCGAUUCUCCUUCUCCAUAGUUUCUCUCCUCUGUAUCACUUCGGAGGAGAAGAAGAAGGCGAAGACGAAGAUGGUGGAUAUGGCGUCCACCAUCUUCGACCAUGCCUCUGUCGAGAUACGAAACCCUCUGUUUCAUCCCUACAUGGCGGGCCUUUCGGCGUUCAGGGGGACGGACAUGGCGGCCCUUUCGUCGUCACCCAGCGUGACGCCGUUCUUCCCGCAGAUGACCACUGCCACGUGUCCACAGGAGGACAGCUAUGCACGUCGGCGCGCCGGUACUCUGUUUGGCGCGCUGCAGCAUUCGCGAGUCCCUCCUCAGCUCCUGAGAUCCAUGCGCGCGCUGGCGUCAGCGGACUCAACGCUUGCGCUGUCGAUUCCGGACAUCAUGUCUUUCGCUGUCUGCGACUCUUUCGGCGGCGAUGGCGACGAGGACGACGAAGGUGGCGGCGGCUAUGGCGCCGGCGUCGGGGAGCUGCUUCCGUGGGAGAAGCAGCGGCACGAGAGCCUGCAGAGGGAGGCGGAGAGGGCAGUGUCGGAGCUCAGGGAGGUGGGAAUGGGAGUUGCGCAUGGGCGUGAUCGUCUGUCAGACCGAGGCGGGCCGGGGUCCCAUCCCCGACAAGAAAAGAAGACGAAGCAGCGAAGUCGGGAUCGGAGCGAUGGCGGCGAAGACGAUGCUGACGCCAUAGCCGAGCUCUUCUGUAGCUCGUCGUUAGAGUCCAAAGCGAACUCAAGGACAAGAGUGAACUCGCGAAGCUCAUGUCGUCAUUUGAUGAGAAGGGACCCCAACCCCAGGUUGGAGACCGCGGACUCGCGAUUGCGAGUGGCUGUCGAGAAUGUGGGCCGGUUGAGGCAGGUCGAGGAUGGGACUCCCACGGGGGGAGCACGUGUCAUUAGCUGCUGGGGGCAGGGCGAGGACACGUGGACAGCAGCAGGAGAAGGAGCAGGAACGACCGCGUUCGGCUCGCCAUCGCCGGCAGCGGGGUCGAGCUGGCUGCCGGGCGACAGGGAUGAUGAAGGGGUGAUGGAGUAUUUGCGGGGGCGGUGUCGGGAUCCGUACGGGGAGGAGGAUAUGGGGGUGGGGGGUGGUCGAUGGGACUAUUUCCCGCGUUUUUUGUCGGGGGAGAGAAGGCUAGAAGUGUAUUCGACGUGCGCGGGCGCGGGCGCGGGCGCGGGCGGGGGCGGGAGGACGGGGAGCAGGAGAACCAGAGGAGGGGGUAUCGUUGGUUGGGAUGGGGAGGUGGGGAGUCGGGACCGCGACCACAAAGAUAUCUGGGUCGAGGCGGCGAAGUUGCCCCCGAUUGAUUACCGCAAUGUCCGCUGCGACUGGGAGACGCGAAUGCGACACGGGCGACGGCAUGAUGCGGAGCGCGAGAGGAGGGAGAGAGGGAUACGAGGAGCAGACAUUGUGGAGAGCCUGGAUAGCAUGCGCAUAGGAGGAGGAGGAGGUGGUGGGGGUGGAGAGGAGGGAGGAGGGAGGCGGAGGUGGUGGGUACCCUUUGGGAGCAUCUUGGCGGUGAAGGGGCAGGAGUACACGGUGGAACUCGCUGAGGAUGACGUGGAGGAGGAGGAAGAAGAAGUAGAUCGAGCUUCUGUAUCCGUUGGAUGGAGAAAGAGGAAGGACACGUGGGUCGAGAGGGAGAGGGGGGGGAAGAGAGAGUGUCUGGUUGGGAUGGGAAUGGGGAGGGAGAGGGGCAGGGGGAGAAGGAGGCGCCAAAGGAGGAGAUCCGCGAUUGGAGAUGGUGUGUUCUUGUGUGAGAGAGGAGUCUCUCAUUUCAAUACAGCUUAUGAACUGUGUAGGAGUCGGUCGCUAAAACCACGGGAGGUCGUCGUGACGGAGAAGGAACUUGUGUGGCAAGGGCUGUGUGCUUUGCUCGGCGUGGCAUCAUCGAUCAAUCAACUUGAAGGAUACGUGAUCCCUUAUUCGUCUUCUUCUUGUUCUUCUUGUUCUUCUUCUUCUUCUCCUUCUCCGUCUUCUUCUUCUUUGUUGAAUCUCGGGAGUUAUUGCCUGCGACUACCUUCGAGUAGUGCUGCCUCGGUUACAAAAGCAGUUAGAGCGCUGAUUGAAGCGGGGAAGUUUCGUAGAACGUUGGAUUCGUUUGUUACGUUUCAUCUGGAUCGCCCAGGUCCACGCAGAAAGGAAGAUAGACCAGCAGCGCAAAGUGGGAAGACCAUGCGGGAUGGGAGAGCGAGAAGAGAUAAGGGGAAGGAGGAGAUGACAUCAACCGAUGUCCCUGUCGCAGUCAAAAGACCAUCUUCCGGAGUGCGUAAAUCGUUGGUCAAUCAAGCAUUUGCCGCGGCUGUGGAGAGUGUGUUGAUGUGGCACACGGCCUCGCUGGACAAAUUGCUUGCUUGUGUUCAAGAGAGACGAAGUCGGGAGGAGCUUGACAAAUUCUACGACAGUGAAUCGGAGGAGGAGGUGGUGGCUAGGGGAGAGAGAGCGAAGAGCAGUGGAGAACAUGCUUCUGGGUCAAAGAACAAAGAUAUCACCCUGACUGAACUAAUGAUCCACACGAGCGACCUGAGGCUCUUGCUAAGACAGCUUGCAGAUAUAUGCCUCUGUGAUAAGGCUGUGAAUGUUGAACUGCCGGCGGACCGGGGUGCGGCAGUGGAGUCUGAAAUUAAUGGAGGGCAGAAAGAGGGACGGGGGAAGAAGGAUGCAGGAACUCGCUCAGGACACUCGCAUGUUGAGGAAGAGAAUGAUAGGGAGAGAGGAGGGGAGACAUCCACCGAGUAUGAGAAGAAAAUGGUGCGGAACGAGAAGCCCAGAGUGGCCAGCCGUACAGCUGCCGCCAUCACUGCAUCUCCUUCUCUAAGAGAGAGUCCGGAUACCCCUCGAUGGGAUCAUUUUCCCAGGGGUGAAGAGCUGCUCGCCUACUUAUAUGAUCGACUGAUGGUGCUCCAGGAUGCAGAUGCUUCAUAUGUCCAGCUGCUUCGUUUCCUGUUCACAAGUGCUUGCAGACCAUAUUUUGAGUUCAUUCGAUCAUGGCUGUAUCGGGCUUCAAUCAUGGACCCCUAUGAGGAGUUCAUUGUGGAGAUUACCCAUGUGCGGAAAGAGAAGCAGGACCAAGUCUCGGAAUCUCGGCGUGCAAGUGACAAGUCCACAGGACUGGAAGUGACUGCGAAGAUACGGGAGGGUGUGGCAAUGCCAUCCUUCCUGAGGCACAUACAGACCCCUUUAUUACGUGCAGGGCACCAGCUGCAAAUCCUGCUUGCUCUGCCAGAGGUGAGAGAUCUCAUGUCGGAGGUCCGAGAACUCAUGUCAGGGUACUCUCCUGGCUAUGGACCUGACUCAUCCAACGUGGACCCAUGGAGUGGCAGAGUUGUAAGUGGAACAGAAACAUGGCGCCUGCUCAGCACGAGUGAUGUAUCAGCUUUCUCCGAGGGUAUGGGAAUGCUGGUUGACGGUGGCAUUGCCGGAGGAGAUACAGGGGUGGCAGGAGGUAUCGGAACUGGUGAUGUCCUUGUAUUCGACCCACAAGCACUCGAUAGAGUCAUGGUGGAUCGUGAGCGGAAGGUGGCCAACAGAAAGAAAGAGCUGCAAAUUAUGCUGGACCGUUUAUCACAGAAGCGACGCCAUGAUGAACAACUCGCAGAAGAUGAGGCAGCCACUUUCCGCAUGGAAGUGGCUGCAAGAGAAGCGGAGCAGGUUCAAAGGGAUUUAGAAAAGCGUGAGGAGGAAUCACAGAGGAAACAGGCAUGGAGGGAGGAGCAACUGCGUGUUAUUGAAGAGCGUGCAAUUAUGGCAAAGGCUGCGAAGGAAGAACGUGUAAUGCGCGAGAGAGAUGAAAUGGAUCGAGAGCGGAAGCGGAUGAAUGAGGAGUUGUUAAAGGCUGCAGCUAUUGCCAUGGAGUUUCACCAAGAGAGAAUGGAUGAGUUAGCGAAAAAAGAAGAUGCAUUGAAGGAGAAGUUCGGACAGAGCAAACGACAAAGAGGAGGACACAUGUCUGAAGAGGUUGAUGCGGUUAGAAGCGCGUCGAUUGCUGAGGGUGGCGACCUGGAUACGUCACUGGACAGCAAGUUGGAAAGGAGGGUUGAGGAGCAGGUCGCAGAAACUGACUCUUCAGCUGCAUCUCCUUCGGAUAAAGGAGACGCGGAUGUGGUGAUAAGAUCACCAGCAGCUCUAUCCUCUGCACCGCGUGAACGGGCAGAAGGGGACUGUCAUUCUGUACACAAUGUAGGUGUUGAUGAGACGAGAGAAACUUCGUGCGUUGAUGAGGGAUUUGCCACACACUUCAACGGCGAGGAUCCGCAGACAGAAACCGGAAAGAACUGUGAUGAUCCAGCAGUCGACGGGGGAAAGAAGUUACCAGAGGCGCCUGCUGAUGGAGAGCACCUUGACAGCAGCAGUAGGCUGCAGGAGCGGCAAGGUGACAAUGAUAGUGAUGAUCUUUCCGAUGAGUUGGGUUGGAAUAACGAAGGACAACGUCUGAUCAUGGAUGGGGAUGAGGCCAUGUUCUUGCCCUGGGCAGGUGGAGUUUCACCUGACUGCUCUCCUCCUGGCCUGCGUCCGGUCUCAACCCCAUCGUCAUCUUCUCCUGCUUCGCUAAAGGCGGGCACUUCUGAGAAUCGCCCUGAAGUCGGCACAGAUGAAAUUGUGAGGCGGUCAAGGAGAGGUGGCAAGGAAGAGGUCGAAGGGUUUGUGAGGGACAGCUUCGGCGACUUCCGGCUCGGGAAAUCGUGGCCAAUCUGGAAUCCAUCAGAAAGCAAACCAGUGGCGAGACCAUACUCUGGGGUUGCUGAGGCUCUGCGGGACUACGAGGACGAGGGAAGAAGAUCCCUGCGAAGGAGUUCUGGGAAAGAAGACCAGGCCGACAAGAAUGGUCAGGCAGAUUGUGCUGAGCUUGAUAAUGAAAAAGGACCAGAUUUCAGAAGGGGCAGGGCAUGGCCAGUUUGGGAAGAUAUCAAACCGUCCCCGGUGUCUACGUCCUACGAUCUUGGUAGGUGGGCGGGUGCAGAAAUGCCAAUCCGUAGUAGGCCGAGCACAGACAUCGAUGAUGGACGUCAGAUGAAAGAGAUCCUGGGAUUUCAGCAGCCUGGAGAGGAAUUAGGAACUCCGGCAACGGAGGGGCGAAAGAGAGAUGGAAGAUGGUCGGUUGCUGGCAAUGCAGCAAGUAAAUGGGGUAUGCCUACGAACCCGUUCAUGGCAGCAGGGGUCAUCAGUGGUGACGAAGGGAGUGAGGUAUUAGAGGGGCCGGCCAUGACCUCUGCUGGAGAGAAUGUGGAUGAGAAUGAGAGCUAUCUCCAUAGUGAUCCCAAUGGUCAGCCAUUGGAGCACGGAGACGGGACUGACAGUGAUGUAGUGGCUAUGGAUGAAGUGAAUCAGGAGGAGGAUGAGUGUGAGUGUGACAUAGACGAAGAUGAGACGAUGCUGAACGAGGUAGAAGAGUUAAGUGACGGGGUGGCAGAGGAUCAUCACGUACCUCCUGUUCCAGAGAAGGAAGAAAUUGCGGAGCCGAGAAGGCAGACGUGCCAAGGUGGGGCCUCAUGGGUCAUGGGCAUGAAGCAUGCUCAGCAUAAAUGGUUUCCUAGUGGUCCAAGUCUGCAUGGCAGAAAUGAUUCUGUCAGAACACAUCGGACAGGCCAAGUCACUGUGACGAAGGAAGAUGUCCCAUUGGAGGUGGUGAUGGAUGUCUGCAUUGUGCAGGAAAUUAUAGCACAAUACCAGUGUGUGAGUGCAGCGUGUGUGACUCUGUUACAGGAAGAGCUGUUCUUGCAAGAGCACUGUAAGGCCCUACGCAGAUAUUUUUUCAUGCAUGCGGGUGAUUGGGCGGACAAUUGGGCUGCAGCACUUCAGAGCCAUGCAUGGGGGAAGAAUGGCGUUAGGCAGGUUGAAGCCCAGAGCCUUCUUGAGGCAGCCCUGCGUGCAUCAUCCUGUGAUGCUGAUACUUAUGCGGAGCGGCUUCGUGUACGGAUCGUUGGCAGGCGUGUGGAAUGUGCUGUUGCUCUGUCAGGAGAUGGGAGUACUUCUGCCUCAGACACAGACUCUGCAUGGUCAAGCUGUGUGUCAAAUACAACAUUGCAGCUGCCUGUUGCAGAUAGCCAUCGACUCGAUGCAUACGACUUCAUUCAACUUCACUACUCUGUUGACUGGCCAGUCAGUCUGGUGUUAACCCCAGCAGUCCUGCUUCGUUACAGCAGAAUAUUUGGAUUCCUUCUGCGAAUGAAGCAUGCGCUGUAUGCCCUGCGAGACAUCACAAGACACCUGCAGGCGCUGGCUCGAGUUCUUGAUCGCAGCACUGAUAGGGGACAUAGGCUCAGGCGGCAACAGCGGUUGCGAAGCUUGCAGCUAUUUCGGUAAUGUCACCUUUGUUAAUAAGCUGCCAACUCGUCCAUUCUUUAUGCCUACCUGUUUUCAGUCAAUUUGACACUGCCCUUAGUGUCCUGCUUUACAAUAGAGCCCUGUUGUGCGUGAAGUCCAUGUGUCGAAGUUUACAAGUGUCUUCUCUCCUACUUUACAAGUGUAUAUAUAGAUCCUGCACUUCCUUCCUACCCUCCUGCUUCUGAGCACCCAUCUUUUGUCUUCCAAAUGAAAUCCAGUUCAAAUU